UCAAAUUAGUUUAUUGCUCUCUGCCUGCACGUUGCUCGACCACGCUUCCCACUUACUUGCCUCGUCGUUUUUGAGUGAAUCAGCAAGAAUUGUGUGAAAUUUGCCUACUAAUUAAUCCAUCAGCUUAUCUCCGGAGACUUAUCUGAAGUAGGAUAUCAUCAGCUACUCCACGGUGAUGGUUAGUGUCAUGGACAUGGGGACUGCGUCGGAGGAAGGAAGCUCGGACAUGGUGUCACGAAAGGAGUUUGAAGAAAUUUCAGACAGAUAUCGCAAAUUGGAGGAAAUAGUUUUCGAGCAGAAUGAACAUUUGCAGAGUGUGGCGACAGAAAUCUUAGUCCAUCGGGACUUUCUCCAGAAAAAAUUCGAUAAGUUUUUGGAAUACAUCCAGGAGCGUGGUGGAGAUGUAAGCCACACAGAAAAUGGAGAGCCUGGUUUGUUCAUCCCAUUCAAUUUGGGGGUCACUGGCUCCGAGGAUGAAGAGGACGAGAAAGGACAGGAAGAAGAAAGUGAAAUAAUCCAACCACAAGUUCUCAUUACCAGCAACGGUACUACUACAUCAUCCUCAACUUCAAACAACUUGAAUGGUGGGGCUGCCUCCAAUAGUUCUAGCAAUACAGUUACACCAAAAACUAACGGAGUUACAAAUGGGCACGGAGGAGCAUCACAGGUUCAACAUAAUAAAGGUUUGCCAAAACGAGAACAACAUGCUGCACAUCAUGACGACGGCGACUCUGACACUGACGCUGUGCAUGCAAAUGGAACCAGUAAUGGGUACCAUGCAGAAGCUAAUGGCAAUGGUUACGGUCAAGGAAGUGAGGGAGGCGAUUACCAGGAUGAGGAGGACGAAGAAGAGGACGAAGGACAAUACAACAACUAUCAGUAUGGUUAUCAGCAAAAUUACGGAUAUCCUCUCGCCCAGUUUGGACACUUUAUGGACGGAGACGGAGAAGGGGAAGGCGAUGGCCAAAAUGAUCACGAUAUGAACGGUGAUCAUGACCCACUCGAAACCGAAUAUAAUGGUCAACAACAACUGCCGAUGUCCAGCUUAACUGGUGGGCCGAGACGUAGAACAUCAUCUGCUACCCCUGUCGACAACCAACAUGUUUGCAGAUAUUGUGGAAAAGUAUUUCAUUGGAAACAAUCUUGGGUCAUCCAUGAAAGGACCCACACUGGGGAAAAGCCUUAUUCUUGCGCCUGCGGAAAGGCGUUUUCACAGAAGGCGAAUAUGAACACGCAUUCGAAGCAAUGUCCACAAGCAAAAGCGGUAUAUAAUGGAAAGACGAAUAUUUUUGAGAUGAAGUGCUCUCUCUGUCCGACAAUGUUUACUUCAAAGAAAGCCCUCGAUUCGCAUAAAUUGAAAGCACAUCCUGGACUUUCAAGCACACAAAGCAAUAACACAACAGUCAUCAAUCUUAGUAAUGGCAACAAUGGUCUUAAUACUCUGGCUGCUCUUGGUCGUGGGGCUCCAUCCAUCCUCCGAUCCCGAACAAGCUUCCAAAAUAAUAAUACUCAACCGCAAGAAAUUACAACGGCAGCAGGAGAUAGCCCUCCCCAGUCUCUGAUGGCCAAGACGCUGGCUCGAUAUAUUGCAAGCCAACAGCAAAUGGAACAAGUUCGAGUUGGAGGCAGUAGUGCCGGAAGUGGGAGUGACGAAGGUGACGGUGAAGGCUACGAUCAAGACGAAGAUGGCGAGGAAGGAAUGGAAGUCCCAGAAGGAGGAUUUCCUCCAGGAAAAGCAAAGCAUUGCCGAUGGUGUAACAAGUUUUUCAGCAGAAAAACUUCAUUAAAAAUCCAUGAAAGGGUUCAUACUGGUGAAAAGCCUUAUGCCUGUGGAUUCUGCGGAAAGACCUUUACCCAAAAAGGAAGUGUCAAGUUGCAUUGCCAGCGAGUUCAUAAUUCCGGCCCUCUUACCUACCCAGCAAAUUAAUUUUUCUUAAAAUAAUCAGUUGAAUGAUAACAAAAACCAAUAAUUUAUUUAAAGGGUUGUUAACAUUAUGCAAAUCUACCAACUACCAACUCUUGUAACCAAUGAUCUGAUUUUUCCGAUUAUUAGAAAGAUUUUACAGCUAAAAAAUAGGUCUUUUGUAAAUAGAUAUGUUAGUGUGAGUAAUGAUGACGGACAUCGUGUUUUUUAGAUAUUGUUUUGGGAGAUGGAUCAUGGUCACAACCUUGUAUUGUUCUGUUGAAAAACUGUUAUCGAUUUUGUAAUUUUAUUUCUACUUAUUCAUGCCUUUUAAUACCGAAACUUUUGAUUUGUCUUCAGUGUAUGUUCAACGUCGUCGCGUGUACAUGUUAUGUACAUACUUCAAUCAAGUAAGUGUCCAGUCCAUCUCCCACGAUGCAACAAAAGAGACUAAUAACAUAGUUGUAGCCUAGUGUUAAGGAAUUCAACAAACAAAAAAUGCAACUAAUUAACUACCGGCAACAUGUUUUUUGUAUGUAUAAGAUAAAAGAUGAGGAUUACCUAUUACUAUGAUGGAGUGAGGGAACGGGGAGCGAAGGAAACCUUAAAAACGUAUAGAAACCGAACCUACUUAACAUGCUACUAUGCAGCUAAAUGGACUAAAGUUAUCACAAAAUGAGAUACGGAUGCAAAUAAUUGCAGGCAACAUUAUUCAAUAAUGGCAACUAAUAAGAUUGCAGGCAGUUGUGUCAAGUUAUAGCGUAUGUAGUAGUGUAGUUGUUGUCUCUUAUAUAAAUAAGUUACCAAAUCGAAAUAUGCAUUUGUGUUUGUUAAAAACUCUCACGCCAUAUAAAGUAAUGUAAAACUGCAAAAACUACUCACCAACAAGACUAAUGUUUUACUUGUCUAAUAAUAAUUGUUUUACGUAUGUAGGUAUUAUUUUGUAUGAUAAAUAUUAGUGUGAUGUUGUCUGCCAUUUUGUAAGUGAUUUUGUUUUCUCACAACACAUUUGUUAAUUAAAAGUAUAACAAACAUGCCCCUUAAUUCUUUUUGUAUUGUUUUCUGUAUGUCUUUGAUGAUUAUUAUUAUCUUAAUUGCUGUAUUAUUUGUGACAAUGUAACGAAUCUCUCUUAUUUAUUGCUACUUAUGUGAAUUGAUUUGUGAAGUAGAAAAGUAUUAACCCUUCUGCAGACAUACUUACAUACAUACGAAUAUAAUGAUGAUGGUUAAAUUACUGUACAAAAUACCCUGAUCAAUAAUAACCAAUGCAUUUAAGUAAUUUUACGGUUUUAUUAUUAUUAUAUUGCAUUAUUAACAAUAUGUUCUUUACUAACUUUUUUUAUUUCAUAAUUAUGCAAUAAUUAUGUAUUACUUAAAUUGUGUAUGUCUUGUGUGUGUUAUCCUGUUAUAAAUACAUACGUCCACUUCUUUUAUGUGUAUUAUCUAUUAGAUUGCUUGUUAUUAGCUUAGUCAAGAUAACACUUUUUCAGCAAAGGAAAAAUAAACAUACAUAUAAAACUAGAUAACCAAGUAAA